CAGCCUCCCUUCGUACUCCCCUCCGCUUCCCUCCUUGUCCUGUCACUGCCUGUCUCGGUUGAGCGCCCUCAGCGACGUCCGAGCUGCCAGGAGAAAAGUGCGGAAGGAUACUCUCGGGAGAGCUGUGCUCCACUCGGAGUGUGACAGAGGAAGUAGUUCCGGCCCCGAUUGGGCCUUGUUUCCCAAAAAUAGCGCCCAGCGGGUAUCCGUGCGCCGGUGUCAGUGUCUCCUGAGGAGCCCCGGCGGGGAGGCGGCAGCAGCGGCGAGGGGACGGGCGGGCACUUAUAAGAAGAAAUAAGAACGUUUUCUCGAGCUGAAGACAGUAAAAGAAAACUGUAUCAUGUGUUAGAAUACUGAAGAGUGACAUUUGGAUUAGUAUAUUUCUGGAUUGCAAAGCAAAAGAAAGAAGAGGCCAAAAAUGGGGAGAAAGAAAAUACAGAUCACCAGAAUAAUGGAUGAACGGAACAGGCAGGUCACCUUUACGAAGAGGAAGUUUGGAUUAAUGAAGAAGGCAUAUGAGUUGAGUGUACUCUGUGACUGUGAAAUAGCACUCAUCAUUUUUAACAGCUCUAACAAACUCUUUCAGUAUGCCAGCACUGAUAUGGACAAAGUUCUACUUAAAUACACAGAAUACAACGAGCCCCAUGAAAGCCGAACCAACUCAGAUAUUGUUGAGACCUUAAGAAAGAAAGGCCUUAAUGGUUGUGAGAGCCCUGAUGCUGACGAUUACUUUGAGCACAGUCCACUAUCGGAGGACAGAUUCAGCAAACUAAAUGAAGAUAGUGAUUUUAUUUUCAAGCGAGGCCCUGCUCUGAACAAGAAGGAACACAGAGGGUGCGACAGCCCGGACCCUGACACUUCAUAUGUGCUCACGCCACAUACAGAAGAAAAAUAUAAAAAAAUUAAUGAAGAGUUUGAUAAUAUGAUGCGGAAUCAUAAAAUCGCACCUGGCUUGCCUGCUCAGAGCUUCUCGAUGUCGGUUACAGUUCCAGUGUCCAAUCCCAACACUUUAACCUACAGUAACCCAGGGAGUUCCCUUGUAUCCCCAUCACUGGCUGCCAGUUCAUCAUUAACAGACACAACCAUGCUCUCCCCACCUCAGACCACCCUGCAUCGGAACGUAUCACCUGGGGCCCCUCAGAGACCACCAAGUACUGGCAAUGCAGGUGGAAUGAUGGGGACAACUGACCUCGCAGUGCCAAAUGGAGCUGGUACCAGUCCAGUUGGAAAUGGGUUUGUGAAUUCUCGAGCUUCACCAAGUCUGCUCGGAACUAGUGGUGGCGGGAAUGGCUUAGGCAAAGUCAUGCCUACAAAGUCUCCUCCUCCACCUGGAGGAGGUAACCUUGGAAUGAACAAUCGCAAACCUGACCUCCGUGUCGUCAUCCCACCCUCCAGCAAGGGUAUGAUGCCACCACUGUCGGAGGAGGAUGAAUUGGAGUUGAAUACCCAAAGGAUAAGUAGUUCUCAGUCUACACAGCCUCUUGCUACCCCUGUGGUGUCCGUGACAACUCCAAGCUUGCCUCCACAGGGACUGGUGUACUCGGCCAUGCCUACUGCCUACAACACUGAUUACUCCUUGACUAGCGCAGACCUGUCUGCCUUGCAGGGAUUUAAUUCCCCAGGGAUGCUGUCCCUCGGGCAGGUUUCAGCCUGGCAGCAGCACCACCUCGGUCCAGCAGCCCUCAGCUCUCUCGUUACUGGCAGCCAGCUAUCUCAGGGUUCAAACCUAUCCAUUAACACCAACCAAAACAUCAACAUCAAAUCUGAACCAAUUUCACCUCCCCGGGACCGUGUGACUCCCUCCGGGUUCCCGCAGCAGCAGCCGCAGCCUCCGCAGCAGCAGCAGCCGCCGCCGCCGCCACCGUCGCGGCAGGAGAUGGGCCGCUCUCCCGUCGACAGCCUGAGCAGCUCGAGCAGCUCCUACGACGGCAGCGACCGGGAGGACCCGCGCAGCGACUUCCACUCGCCGGUCGUGCUGGGGCGGCCACCGAACGCGGAGGAUCGGGAGAGCCCAUCGGUAAAGCGGAUGAGGAUGGACACGUGGGUGACAUAAACGUGCGGCGCGGCCUCCUCAGUUUUGUGUUCUCAAAGUGAACUGUCCUGACAUAUCUAAAUUUAUAAAUAAGGACAUGAAAUAAGCGUAUUUAUAUGUAUAUACAUACAUGCAUAUAUAUAUCUCCACAUGCAUAUAUAUGUGCUAGUGUGUGUAGCAUACACAAAAUCAUCAGGCACUUACAAACUUCUUGCGUAGCGGCAGAUGUCCCCGGUCAAACGUAACCGAACAAUCCCGUAGGUAGUGAUGGCGCCCGGCACGUACGUGGACUCGUUGUUCUCAUCCUAUAACCUGUUUUGCAGCGAAGCGUUGUACCCGCCUUGUAGCCCUGCCACACUAGAUUGCAGAAACCAAGAGGGCUCGCCUGUAGUAACGUCCCUGUGUGUGUUAUUCAAGCUGUAUGGUUACUCGUAGUUAAGAAAUAAUGCUUUGUAGCAGCAGAGCAGUAGAAAAGCAGGAAGAAGAAAGCAAUACUGUACAUAAAAUGACCUUUCUAUUACCCCGCCGGCAUGGGUCUCUAUUGCAGAGGGUGCAUGGAGAAGGGCUGAUGCUAUAACGAAAUAAACCACAGAAAAACCCUGUUUUGCACGUGCAAAAAAACCCCUAGCGUAUUGGGUCAAAGAAGUGAUUUUUUUAAUGAGUGCAAGAGAGACAUAGAGAACGCGCAUGAAAUAUUCAGAAAAUAUUAGCCUAGGAAAUAGAACCUUAACAAAAGAAAAUUAAUAUAUUAAGUUAUAAUUGGGAGAGGUUUGACAAAUUUGUUUUUACGUUCCUACCUUUGAAAAAUAUAGAAACGGAUUUUAGCUCAUGUAUAUUUUAUAUUAAAGAAAACAAUACCCUAACGAAUCGAAGACUAUAUAUAAAGUUAUAUACAGUACUUUUGAACACAUUCUGCUAUGAAUUAUUUAUAUAAGCCAAAGCUGUACGUUGUAGCUUUUUUGUAGAGUAUAGUUUUAUCUUAUUUUGACUUUCUAGUUUUUGCUUUCAAAGAUGAAAAGGAAAAACUUGCAGGCGGAACCUUGGGGGAAAAAUAAGCCAUGAACACUUCUAUGUACAUUGAAAUUUGAGCCAAACUCUUUGUGUAUAUAGCAUCCUAAAUAUAUGAUCACCUUCGGUGUAAGUACCUGCGUAUUGUACGUUCACCAGAUUAAAAAGUAUAUUUUUGUGGAUUGACGCCGACUUGAAGAAGGGCGAGGUCCUUAUUAAGUAGAGUAUUCACUGUUUAAUAUUUACUAUUUUGUUAAAUAUACUGUACUUUCUUUGGAUUUUAAUUAUUAUUAAUAUUAUUAUCCAGAUUUUUCAGAGGGUGUAUAAAGGGGUCGUCCCCCUCACUGGUGGUGAAUGUGUGCCGUUCAGUUGUAAUCUCUGUGCUGUAUGGUUAAGCUUCAUUAUACAUUUUAUAUAUAUGUAUAUAAAUAGCAAAGUGGCAAAAAAAAAACCAA